GGAAUAUCCUAAAUGAUCACAGAUUAUGUGAGUGUCUCUCUCAUAUUGAGAGUAAAGCCACAGCUCUGCAUCUCUUUGUAACUCUGCUGCUUGGCUGGGCACAGGAAUGAGCACGGCGGUGGUGCACAGAGGAUUCCUCAGGAAAUAUGGUGGCUUCAUGUUCAAACAAUGGAAGGAAAAGUACCUGGUGUUGACGGUGGAAGGAAAUCUGAUGGUGUGCCGAGAUGCAGACUCACCUCCGGACCAGGUGGUGGCGCUGCAGAGUAACUGUGAGUCCAUAGUGGAGGGUAAGGAAAUCUUAGAUUUGCCCCGUUUGCCCUCUGGAGGCCGCAGAGACAGCUGCUUCGCCCUCAUCCUGCCCCAAGACAAGUUCCUCCUCCUGCUCUCAGACAGUCCAGAAGAGUGCACUCAAUGGCUGAAGUUACUCAGGAAGGUGAAAGAGGGUGUGACUUCACCACUUGCCCUGAAGAGACAGCAGAGCAUCACACCCUGCAUCACGGACAGAGAGCCGCUUCCAGACGUCUCCAGUGACAAAGACCCCUCGUCCCCGCACCUCAGUGACAAGGGCCUGAGCUCCCCGCUGGUCCGCUCCAGAGAAAACUCCUUCAGACACAGAGGCAGCGUAAACCAGCGGCCUCCCCGCAGCCCCACCACGGCUGUGCCCCUUCGCUCUGCAGACUGUCUGCGGCACGGAAACAGCAGCGACGCUCGGGCCGUGAGAGCGGUCUGUCUGCUGAUGGGUGGAGCAGCCGCAUCCUCGGCACUGGGAUACCUCAAUUCCUGUCCACCCUCCUCCUCCAACAUGGCCGUCCAUGCUCCUGAAGUGACCCACUCCACAGGAUUAUCAGAGAUGAGCGGAGGCAGCUCUUACCAUGCCUGCAGCCAAGCCAUAGAGUCACCGCAUUUUAACAGCUUCGACUUUGAGGGAGAUUCAGAUUUUGAUGCUUUUGACUGUGGAGGGUUUGCUUUUUAAUGGAAUAUGUUUACUUUAUUCGCAGGGUUCCCAGUCGUGGAAAUGUUAGGGAAUUAGAAAAUUUUUAUUUUAAGGACCAGAAAGGUAUGGAAAUGCAUAAACUCUUUAAAAAGUCAUGAAAAUUCCUGUGGGUAUAUGUCUUCAGGAUUGUAGACAUGUGUGCAGACUACUAUAUGUUUUUUAAUGCAUAGUAGUUAAAAGCAUCUGGAAAAAAAUCAUACACAUUUAUUGUCCAUAUGAUUUUGGAUGCUGCAUACUGUCAGGGAUUCUGCACGAUCACAAUCACCACCACAGUCACCAGCCCCUACACACACCUGAGUUUUGGUCACCCACACCUGCACUCUGUAAUCAAGACCUCUUCAUAAACCUCCACACUCAGUCUCCCAUUGUCUGAACUUCAAUUCACUUAUCUGACUCUCUCGUGGUACUAACCUGUCUGUAUUUAUCCCCAGACGCUCCAGUGCUCUCCCAAUCCUGUUUUCCUUGACUCCAGCACAAUUCCCGGUCAACCUUCAAAGGAUACUACACCAAUCACCUCAGAACCCAAUAACUGUUUGUGUUUCUACUCCCCUCUUGACUGUUCCUGCCAUUGCAUUCUGAAACUCAUUCAAUAAACAUACCUGUUAUUGGACUAA